AUGCUGGUCUACAUAAAUAAAUCGGAUUUUAAGUUCGAGAGUAUGGUCCGGUGGGAAGAAGCUUUUAACACCCUCAUGACAUUUCUUCAAAAAUGGCUAGUGAACAAGUACCCGAAACUUGUUGUACAAGCUGUGGAAGAAAAGGGAGAGCUCAUUGAUACUAGCCUACCAAACCCAAAUGAAAUGGAGUUUGAUAAUCUUUAUCUUGACAUGAAUGGGAUAAUCCAUCCCUGCUUUCAUCCAGAUGAUAAUAUUGCUGCAGAUGAUCUUAGUUUGCCAACCACUUUCGAUGAUGUUUUCAACAACACGUAUGAAUAUAUUGAUCAUAUAUUCAGCAUUGUUAGGCCAAGGAAGCUACUAUACAUGGCCAUUGAUGGGGUAGCACCGCGUGCUAAAAUGAAUCAGCAAAGAUCUAGGCGUUUUCGAACUGCGAAAGACAAGGAGAUUGCCGAAAUGGAAGAAGAUAGACUGCGAAAAGAAUUUGAAAUGGAAGGCAAGCGAGUUCUUCCAAAACAGGAUUCUGAAAUUUCAGACUCGAAUGUUAUCACACCAGGGACCGAGUUCAUGUUUGAAUUGUCAAGGAAGCUUCAAAGCUAUGUCAGUUCAAGAAUGAGCAUGGAUCCAGGCUGGAAAGAUAUCAAGGUUAUUCUUUCAGAUAGUAAUGUUCCAGGUGAGGGUGAACACAAAAUAAUGUCUUUCAUACGAGAACAGCGUAUGUUGCCGGACUAUAACCCAAAUACACGGCAUUGCCUGUAUGGACUGGACGCUGACCUUAUUAUGCUUGCCCUCUCCACUCACGAAAUUCAUUUCUCUAUACUGAGAGAGCAUGUGCUUACACAAGAGCAGCAAUCUUGUUCUGUGAAGUCAAGAGGCUGGUUUGAAGAUGUUAAAACUGGAGUUUUGUUGAAAGAUGAUAAAAUUAUCACCAAAAAGAAAAAGCCAUAUGAGUUUAUGCAUGUAUGGAUCUUGAGGGAGUAUUUGGAGCUUGACAUGAAAAUCUCUGGUCCUCCUGAGAACUUCAGCUUUGAUCUUGAGCGAAUUGUUGAUGAUUUCAUCUUCCUGUGCUUUUUUGCGGGAAAUGAUUUUCUUCCUCACUUGCCAUCUCUGGAAAUACACGAGGGUGCUCUGGAUUUGUUGAUGACUGUUUACAAGGAUCAUUUCAAGAGUCUGGGUGGCUACCUAGUUGAUAUGCAACGGGCUGAUGACCCCAAAAAUGGUUUUAUCAAAUCAAAACGAGUAGAGAAAUUUAUUCUUCAGGUUGGUUCAUUUGAAGAAAGAAUUUUUAAGAAAAGAUCAGAAUUGCACGAACGGAAACUUAGGCGGCUUUGUGAUCAAGUGAACGAAGAAAAUGAAAGUGCGAAUUUGGAUGUAAGGACUACCUCUGGUUCUUCUCUUGAUCAUGAUGCCCUGGCUUCCAAAGAUUUGAUGGUGGCAAAUACAAAAGAAUUGAAAGAAAAAUUGAAAACUUGCCUUCGCCAUAAAGCUGAUCUUUUCAAAAAUUGUGAUUUGCCAGACAGGGUGAAAUUGGGGAAAGCUGAUUGGAGAAAGAGAUACUACAAAGAGAAAUUCUCUGCAGAAAGUCCCACUGAUAUUGAAAGCACAAGGAAAGAAAUAGAGUUCCUUCGUGGACUUGAUUUGAAGGGCCUUGCUCAGGUCAAGGUGAAGUUCCCGAAGGGUUCGCCCUUUAAACCUUUUGAUCAGCUCAUGGCUGUGCUGCCCCCAAGGAGUGUUCAUGCACUACCUAAAGCAUAUCAGGUGCUCAUGGCUGAAGAAAAUUCCCCGAUAAAGGACUUUUAUCCUACAGAAUUUGAGAUUGAUACAGAUGGAAAGCGCUUUGUGUGGCAGGGGAUAUGCAAGCUCAGUUUUAUUAAUGAAGAACGGCUUUUGGCGGAGACCAGAAAAGCAGAGAAGGAACUGAAUAAAGACGAAGCUCAAAGAAAUUCGGAGAAUAUUGAUAAGCUGCUUGUGAGAAGAUCGAAUGUUUCGGACUCACAAUUUCUUUCGCUUGUUUCAAAUAUGGUGUCUGGAAGGCCACAAGAAUUAAUCAGGAUGGAUAAUAUUUUGGGGUUGAUCAAUACUGGAAUUGGUGGAUCCAUUCGCUUGUGUACAGAAGACUUUUCUGACAUUCAAGGAAUAAAUAAUACCUUGUGUAUUCAAUUUGAGAUACCUAAGGGAAGUCUGCAUAUUCUCCGUCCUUUAGAGCGAGUGGAUUUUCCUCCGAAGACUAUUACUGAAGGCGACAUUGAAGAGACGCAUCUUUGGCAUGAAUAUCCAGGAAACAGAAACACAAGAUUGCCGAUUCAAAACAACGAUGGAAAUUCAUUUCUUGGGAAUGAGAGGGAUAUGGCUCCGAAAUGGACACCUAGCAACUAUAGUUCGAAAAUUACAUCAGAGCCUGUUCACAAAGGAGCUGGGGCAGGGUCGGGCGCUGGCAGAUCAAGAGGGAAUGUUUCCCAUGAAGUCAGAGAUUUCCAUAAUCUUAAGAUAUCAGAAUCCACUCAGGGCAGCAGCAGGUCGUACGCCAAUGUUCAGUCAGCGAAUAACAGUUUCUGGCCAUCUACAAAUGUCGCAACAUAUAAUAACCGAAACAAUGCAUGGUGCCAGAAUCCACAAUUCCAUGCCAACGGUUCUUCUCAGAGUGGUGGAGGUGGGCAAUGGCGCACUACAAAUUGGAACUAUGCUGGGCAGUUCAACAGACAUCUGGCUGCAAACCCUUCUAGCCGGGCCCCUGGGACAGGGAGAGGUGAUUAUGCACCGAGGAGUUCUUAUACAGGCCCUUGGAGGGUUUCAAGAAACAAUGAACAAAAUGAGUUCAUGGGGUACCACAGCCGAGGAUAG